GAGAAAGAAACGUUGUAGAGAAAAAUAGGAGCAGAAGAAAACGGAGGUUUUUGUUUUUGUAAUUCCAAAAGUUUCUCUUUUUUUCUUCUCUUCCUUGUUUCGCCGUUCCUGCGAUUCUGAAAUUCCUCAAGCUUUUCAUCUUCAUUCAGAAUCGUAGCAAUGGCUUUCCCUCUUUUUUGAUCCGUCUCUCUCAUUGUGUAAUAAAAGGGGUCUCCUUUUUUUUUCUCUUCAUCCUCGCCGCCGGCUUAUGGCCAACUCGCCACCACCUUCGUCGCGAAAUCCUCCGAAGUUGGUGGAUUGUUGGUCGUUUCCGUUUCUUCUCUCUAGGGUUCCAACUCCCACAUAAUUUAAGGAUCUGUAUCGGAUUCAAUCCAACGAUCUCCGAUUUGAAUAUUUCGGGGAAAGAAUGGGGAAAGGUUGGUUUAUCGUAGAGAAAGCGAGAAGAUGCUUAAGGACGGUCUUCUUCAUGGUUGCGAUGUUGGUUUCGCUGUUAGUUUCGUCGUUGCCUGUGCUUGUAGCCAUCGGCGACGUGUUGGUUCCGACCUUUUUGCUUUCGAGCUUUACUUGUUUGACGUGCUACGGCUUUAAGGAGCAUCUGAGUCGAUACGCUUUCAAGAGCUCUCUGACUGAUAUUCCUCUCGUCUCCCUCGUCAGAUCUUUCCUUGUCAUCUGUGUCUACUCUCUAUCCGAUGCUCCUGCACUCUCGCACGGCCCUUACCUAGGAACUGUGUCGCUGUGUUCUGUUGUUUCAAUUAUUCUUCUAUCAGUAAAAGCUUGCGUUUUUACUGCAAAUUCUCAACUUAACGCCGAAGCCUCGUCCUCUCCGUCAAGGCAACGACUCCAUCUGAACAAGUCUUGGGGGAUGCCAGUUUUGUUCCUUUCGUCUGUGGUUUUUGCUCUUGGUCAUAUGGUUGUUGCUUAUAGAACAAGUUGCAGAGCUAGGAGGAAACUCUUGUAUCACAGAGUGGACCCUGAAGCUGUUCUUUCUUGCAAAAGUGUCUUCUCUGGUUACCAGAAAGUCCCACGUUCUCCAAUUCCUUUGGUAGGAAAGGCCUCCAAGAUUGAUGGCGAGGCAAGACGAAAGCUACAUUCUUCAGCAUCCAACGAUGAAGGAGAACUUCCUGCGAGAUUGCUUGCUGAUCUUGACAGCUUAUUCAUUACAGUCAGAGGGCUCACUGUGCAUUACAAGAUUUGCACACCUGGUACUCCUCGCCACUCAACAGUUGAAGCCAACUCUAUGCUUAACAUGCCAGAGGCCAUGGCGGGAAGGUUGAAGCUUGACAGGAAUAUACUGAGCAUGGUCACGAGAAACAAGCUCAAUCAUCACCACCAUAGGAGCUACAGCAGUCUGUUUAACAAUUCUUCUUCCUUGCACGACCCUCUCCUAGAUGGUUCUCCUACUUCUCCUCGUCAGGAAGAAGCGUGCCGAGAGGAUGUCAUCAAUGUGUCCAAUUUCGGUGCCACGGAACAGCAAAAUGUGGGUGGAAGCGGUCAAUUUGGUGUUGUGUUGGUCCAUGGAUUUGGCGGAGGAGUGUUUUCUUGGAGACAUGUGAUGGCUCCUCUUGGCCAUCAGCUUGGCUGUGUUGUCACUGCAUUUGAUAGGCCUGGUUGGGGAUUAACCGCCAGACCUCAUAAAAAGGAUUUGGAAGAAAGAGAGAUGCCUAACCCUUACACUAUGGAAAAUCAGGUAGAUAUGCUUCUUGCUUUUUGCCACGAAAUGGAAUUUGCUUCUGUAGUCUUGGUUGGCCAUGAUGAUGGAGGUUUGCUUGCUCUCAAGGCUGCACAAAGAUUGCAAGAAUCAAAAGAUCCCAUCAAUGUAAAAGGAGUGGUUUUGCUUAAUGUAAGCUUGACGAGGGAAGUAGUGCCAGCUUUUGCAAGAAUACUUCUGCACACAUCACUAGGAAAGAAACACCUCGUUCGUCCGCUUUUACGCACUGAAAUAGCUCAGGUGGUGAAUCGCCGAACUUGGUAUGAUCCUGCCAAGAUGACAACAGAUGUCUUAAGGCUAUACAAGGCACCACUUUAUGUGGAAGGCUGGGAUGAGGCGCUUCACGAGAUAGGCAGACUCUCAUCCGAGAUGGUGCUUCCAACUCAAAAUGCAUUGUCACUUCUCAAGGCAGUGGAAAACUUACCAGUAUUAGUCGUUGCUGGAGCAGAAGACGCACUUGUUCCCCUCAAGUCCUCCCAAGUCAUGGCUUCAAAACUCGUAAACUCUAGGCUAGUAGCGAUCUCAGGAUGCGGACAUCUGCCACAUGAGGAGUGUCCCAAGGCGCUUCUUGCAGCCAUGUCCCCAUUCAUUAGCAGACUUGUACUUAGUGAGGAGUGAGUGACUGAGUGAUCACGUCUAGUUGUCUUCUUAGCUGACAAUCGAUUAGUGUUUGCGGGUUUUUUUAAUCUGCCCCAAAAGGAAAGAAGUUGGGGUGAUUUUGAGGUCUUGGUAAUUCUGUAUUCAUUAUAAGCAGAGUUAAUGUAUCAUUCUCUGUUUUUCUCAUCAGAGUUGUUAAUGGUUGGAAUAAUUCUGUUUAUUUUCCACUUAAAAUGAAGAGUGGCUGAGCUGCUAAAUCUUUGUAA